AUGGCUUUUGAUCUUGAAGAAGCAAUCAUCAUUGACGAUGAUGCCAGCAGUGCGACACUGGAGGGCGACAAUUUCCGAGUGCAAGAGGUUUUCCAUCCGGAGGAUUUCAUGACCGACGAUGAUUUUGAACUUUAUCUUACGAGCCUAUCCGCCAAUGCGACCCGUCCAAACCGCCAUCGAGCUCGCUCUUUAUCCCCGGUUCCUGCACCUACAAGGGAAAGUGUCCCUCAACUCUCAAUCGGCGGGAAGACAUACAGAAAGGGCAAGUCUGUCGAAUUGAACGACGGAACCUUUCUCCGCAUUCAAGAAGUGUUACGCGCUGGCACCAACGAAAUCUUCUUCAAAGGACAUCGCCUUCAGCGCCUUGAACACAUGGAUACGCUUGUCCCCGAUUGGUUAAACGAGCUAUGUUGGACCAUAGACUUGAAUUCGCCUGAUACUGAGAGUACCGAGGGGCUUGAAGAGGUCUCGAUCAGUGAUGUCCGGAGUUUGCGCCUAAUUCGGUUUACUAACCAUUCCUACGUGGACAUGAACAUUACCAUGAGCACUAACAGCUUCCAGAGUGACGACGAGCGUCGAGAAGAGGGCCUGCUUUACUGCCGCAUCAAAUAUAUCCGGGUUUGGGAUAAGGCUGCAGGUCGAAAAUCGCGUGUCGUUGAGGAAUCCUUGGUAUUUCUAGAGCCGAAGGAAUGCGAUUCCGGCUUUGAUUGCGAACCUGCCAACCUUCGCUACGCUUGGAGAGGAUCGACGCAACUAGGCGGGAGUCACAAGCCAGAUUUUGUUGAUCUCACCGGAAGUGGUGAGGUUAGAGCUCAGUAUACUUUUGGGGACGGAUUCUGUGGUGCCGGUGGUGUUUCUCGCGGAGCUCUACAAGCGGGUUUAUACGUGCGCUGGGGGUUCGACAAGUGUCAUAAGGCUAUGGAUACUUACCGGCUCAAUUUUAGGACGGCAGUCGGAGAGACCUGUGAGGUUGCUCAUUUUCUUACAAAUGAUGCUAAGGAUAUCAUGGUCGAUAUACUGCACUUCUCCCCUCCGUGUCAAACAUUUUCGUCCGCGAAGACCGUUGCCGCACCUACAGACAAUGCGAACGAGGCCUGUAUUUUCUCCGCCAGGGAGCUCUUGCUAAGGGUCAAGCCUAGAAUUGCGACUAUGGAAGAAACUUCCGGCCUUCAAGAAAGGCAUAAAGAAUUCCUUUAUGCGACGAUUCUUACUUUUAUUGAUCUUGGCUAUUCGAUCAGAUGGAAGCUACUGACAUGCGAAGCGUAUGGAGUUCCGCAGCAGAGAAAACGCCUUGUGAUUAUUGGAGCUGGACCAGGCGAAUCCCUUCCCCCCUUCCCCAAACCAACGCACGGCCCUCCCGAUUCCAAUCUCCGCCCGUACCGCACCAUCCUCGACGCCAUCGGCAACAUUCCCGAGGGCGCGCCAGAUCACGACCCGAAGCGAGCUUACUUCCGCAACAUCACCAAAACCCCAUACUCGCCACGCUCGUUUGCGAAAACAAUUACGUGCAAUGGUGGAGACAACUUCCAUCCCAGUGGCACCAGGGCAUAUACCCAUCGGGAAGCCGCAUGCCUACAGACGUUUCCUAUGGAGCAUCAGUUCUGUGGGGUGGGGGUGCUGAAGCAGAUUGGAAACGCGGUCCCGCCGAUGCUUGCGAAGGCGAUUUUUACGGAAAUAGUCAAAGAUUUGGAGAGGGCGGAUGGCGUGAGGCGGUGA